AUGGCAGGCAGUGACGCCGUCGAGCGAGCCGUGGCGGAGGAGCAGCCGGCCAUCCGCCCCGGGAGGGAUCCUGUUCGCUCCCCGGCCUCUCCCUCUACUGCCCAGGACGGGGCCAGCCACCCGAGAGCAAAAGCCGCGACUCUUUGGGAGUCUAUUAAAUGGAGCAUGAAUGCUGGGGAAAGGACGGAGUCUUCUGAAAUGCACCCACUCCCGUCUGGGGAACUUGUGGUGAACAACACGCUUCUCAGAGGGAAUGUCGGGUCCAGACCCCCCACCACAGGAAGCCUGGUCCAGGCCAGAGAAGACGCGGCUGGCCAUCGGACUGAGAAGGCAACCUCGUCCCGGAGGGACGCUGCCGUCUUCCCGGAGGCGACAUCUUCAUCACGGCUCCCUUCCGACGUGAGACAAGCCAUGCCCUCUUCUCAGCAGAAGACCCCCUCCGCCAAGCAAGGAAACGCCGCCAGGAAGCACCCCAGACUCCGGACAGGCACUGCCAGGGCUCCUCACGCAGCCGCCCAUCCCAGCGUGCCGAACUCCAGGCUGUUCGUCUCCGUGGAGAGUCUGGACACGCCAGAAGACAUCCUCAUCGCAGCUCAUGAAGAGAAGCCCACAGUGCCUGAACUGACGUUCUGGGGGGGCGGCAGGAGGAAGGGAGGCCGCGGGGUGACCAGCCACGCCCCACUCCAGAUUUCCCCGUUCACGGCCAGCCCCGUGAGCUCCCAGACUGUGCCCCAGGGCCCGGGGACUGCAGAGCCAGCCCUGGUGGACGCCGGGGCCCAUCAUCAAGAGGAGGAAGGCAGCAGUCUGGUGCACGCCCAUGCCAAAAACACCAAAGAGGAAGAGGGGGAGGCGGCAGCGGCAGAGCCAGCCAAGGAAGCGCCCUUUGAGGAGGGCCAAGAAACGACCACCUCCACCAUCAUCACCACCACGGUGAUUUCCACGGAGCAUUCCCCAGUUCUCUGCGGCAUGAACUUCUACGAGCCGGAGGGGUACAUCGACUCGACCGACUACCCUCCACUGCCUCGGAACAACUACCUGGAGUGCACUUACAACGUGACGGUCUACACCGGAUAUGGGGUGGAGCUGCAGGUGAAAAGUGUCAACCUGUCCGAGGGAGAAGUUCUCUCCAUCCGCGGAGUGGACAAGGACAGACUGGUGAUCUUGGCCAAUCAGACACUCUUGGUGGAAGGCCAGGUCAUCCGCAGCCCAACCAACACGAUCUCGGUUUACUUCCGCACCUUCCCGGAGGAUGUGGUUGGGACUUUUCAGCUGCACUACCAAGUGUUCAUGCUGAGCUGCAGCUUCCCCCGCAGACCGGACUUUGGGGAGGUGACGGUCAUGGGCCUGCACCCGGGGGGCAGGGCCCGCUUCCACUGCCACCUGGGCUACGAGCUGGAGGGCCCCGAAGUCCUCACCUGCAUCAACGCCUCCAAGCCCCACUGGAGCCCCCCGGAGUCCAUCUGCUCAGCACCCUGCGGGGGGACAGUGCAGAACGCCACCCUGGGCCGCAUCUUGGCCCCCACCCACCCGCAGAACCACAGCGAGAGCAUGCUGUGCGUGUGGACCCUCCGGGCACCAGAAGGGCAGAAGCUGCACCUGCACUUCGAACGGCUGCUGCUGGGAGACAAGCAAAGAAUGGUCGUCUACAACGGCGAGACAAACGGCUCCCUCGUCCUCUACGACUCCCAGCAGAGCAGCAGCCUACCCUUCGAAGGGGUGAUCAGCGAGGGCCCCUCCUUGCGGGUGGAGUUCGUGUCCGAGGACCCCAGCACAGGCCCCGUCUUCAACAUCCGAUUUGAAGCUUUCGAGAAGGGCCACUGCUACGAGCCGUAUAUCCAGAAUGGGAACUUCACCACCUCUGACCCCACCUACAACCUUGGGACGAUUGUGGAGUUCACCUGCGACCCGGGGCACUCCCUGGAGCAAGGGCCAGCCAUCAUCGAGUGCAUCAACAUGAGGGACCCCUACUGGAAUGACACGGAGCCCCUCUGCAGAGCCAUGUGUGGAGGACAGCUCUCUACUGCGGCAGGAGUCAUCCUUUCGCCCAACUGGCCCGGGCCCUAUGCCGAGGGGGAGGACUGCGUGUGGAGGGUGCACGUCGGGGAGGAGAAGCGCAUCUUCCUGGACAUCCAGUUCCUGAACCUGAGCGACAGCGACAUCCUCACCAUCUACGACGGAGACGACCUCAACACCCACAUCCUGGGGCAGUUCCUGGGCAGCAGCGGCCCCCAGAAGCUCUACUCCUCCACGCCGGACCUGGCGAUCCAGUUCCACUCCGACCCAGCAGGGCUCAUCUUUGGGAAAGGACACGGCUUCAUCAUGAACUACAUUGAAGUCUCCCGGAAUGACUCGUGCUCAGACCUACCCGAAAUCCAGAAUGGCUGGAAAACGACAUCCCACACGGAGCUGGUGAGAGAGGCCAAGAUCACCUACCAGUGCGAUCCAGGAUAUGACAUCGUGGGGAGCGACACCCUCACCUGCCAGUGGGACCUCAGCUGGAGCAGCGACCCCCCCUUCUGUGAGAAAAUCAUGUACUGCACAGACCCCGGGGAGGUGGAACACUCGACCCGCCUGAUCUCGGACCCGGUGCUGCUGGUCGGGACCACCAUCCAGUACACCUGCAAUCUGGGCUUCGUGCUGGAAGGGAGCUCCCUCCUGACUUGCUACAGCCGGGAAACGGGGACCCCCAUCUGGACCUCACGGCUCCCCCACUGCGUCUCCGAGGAGUCCCUAGCCUGCGACAACCCGGGCCUGCCCGAGAACGGCUACCAGAUCCUGUACAAGCGCCUCUACCUGCCCGGCGAAUCGCUGACUUUCAUGUGCUACGAAGGCUUCGAGCUCCUGGGCGAGGUCACCAUCAAGUGCAUCCUCGGGCAGCCGUCCCACUGGAGCGGGCCCCUCCCUGUCUGCCGAGUGAAUCAAGACAGCUUUGAACACGCUUUGGAAGUCGCAGAAGCUGCCGCCCAGACCUCCCUGGAGGGAGGGGGCAUGGCCCUGGCCAUCUUCAUCCCCGUCCUCCUCAUCUCCCUGCUGCUGGGCGGGGCCUACGUCUACAUCACCAGGUGUCGCUACUCGUCCAGCCUGCGCCUGCCUCUCAUGUACUCUCAUCCGUACAGCCAGAUCACAGUGGAGACGGAAUUCGACAACCCCAUCUACGAGACAGGGGAAACGCGAGAAUACGAAGUGUCCAUCUAA